CUCAUACCGGAAAAGCUAGUCUUGUUCUGGCUAGCGGAACACAGGUCUGUGCAGAUGGCAGGUAUCUAUCUGUCAACAAUCUAGGUACAGCUGAAACUGAGGUCUGUGUGGCCCUUUGUCGUCUGCUUCUAUCAGGUCCUUUCGGCAUAGCCAAAGAAGGCUGCAGUGUUAUGGAUGAACCAUGAAGGCCCAAUUGCAAGUCACAGUGCUUUCAGCCAAGCUGAAGGAAAACAAAAAGAACUGGUUUGGUCCCAGUCCGUAUGUUGAAGUAGCUGUGGAUGGCCAGUCAAAGAGGACUGAGAAGUGCAACAAUACGCACAGUCCCAAAUGGAAGCAGGCUCUUACAGUAAUUGUGACUCCGGUCAGCAAGCUGAUCUUUUGUGUUUGGAGCCACCAGACACUGAAAGCAGACAUUCUCUUGGGAAUGGCCACACUGGAGAUCAGUGAGACCCUUAAGGCUAACGACUUGAAAUUAUGUGAGGUGGUGCAGACACUGCAGCUGUGCUCUGACAGAGACCCCCAGGAUGUUGUUGGUGACCUGUCAGUCUGUCUGGACGGCAUGCAGGUAGACCCAGAAACCUUUGCCUCAGCAGAGAAAGAACAUGCUACUAUUCCAAAUGGAAAUGCAAGACAAAAUGGAGACACUGGCAACAGGUCAAGCAGAGACACAUCUCCCUCCAGUGGCUCAGAGGAGUGGGUUAUUGUACCUAAUGGUCAUGCUGUCAAUGGUGCGGAUUCUCCUUCCCGAUCUCCAGGGGGCUCCAACGCCUCACGCCCUCCCAGACCAGCCCGACCUCCUCCUGCUACGCCUCGCAGACCAGCAGCCUCACCAACCUCUUCUAGCAGUUCCUCCCCUAGUGAGCUGAGUGAAGGUCCAGCCUCCGAUGGCUCCUCUCAGGCGUCGGCUAGUGGGUGUUCAAAUCAGCAGGAUGACUCAGGCGCAGGAGCAGCAACAGCAACAGCAACAGCAACAGCAGGUUCUUCACAGACAGCAAGUGGCCCCACACCAGGGACCUCUGCCUCAGCAGCUCUGGCCACAACAACUCCCAGAAUCACACCCAUGAGCAACGGUCUCUUACCACCAGGGUGGGAGCAAAGGGUGGACCAGAACGGGCGGUUGUAUUAUGUGGAUCACAUUGAGAAAAGGACAACCUGGGACAGGCCUGAGCCUCUGCCUACAGGAUGGGAGCGCAGGGUGGACCCAAUGGGUAGGGUUUACUAUGUCGACCACAUCACCCGAACUACUACAUGGCAACGCCCCACGCAGGAGUCAGUGCGUAACUAUGAAGAGUGGCAGCACCAGCGCAGCCAGCUACAGGGAGCCAUGCAGCAGUUUAACCAGAGGUUCAUUUAUGGGCUCCAAGACCAGUUGGCAGCCACGGCCAAUAAAGAGUUUGAUCCGCUGGGACCUCUGCCACAUGGUUGGGAGAAGAGAACAGACACCAACGGCAGAGUGUAUUUUGUUCAUCACCCAACUCGGAAGACACAGUGGGAGGACCCCAGGACGCAAGGGCUGCUGAAUGACAAGCCCCUGCCAGAGGGUUGGGAGAUGAGGUUCACUGUGGAUGGUAUUCCCUACUUUGUAGACCACAACAGGCGAACCACAACCUACAUUGACCCUCGCACAGGGAAGUCCUCACUUGAGAAUGGACCACAGAUAACCUAUGUCAGGGACUUCAAAGCCAAAGUACAAUACUUCAGGUUCUGGUGUCAGCAAUUGUCGAUGCCUCAGCACAUUAAGAUCACCGUCUCCCGGAAAACCUUGUUUGAGGACUCAUUCCAACAGAUUAUGAGCUUCCACCCUCAAGAUCUGAGGCGGAGACUUUGGCUCAUUUUCCCUGGAGAGGAAGGUUUAGACUAUGGAGGUGUGGCCAGGGAAUGGUUCUUCUUGCUCUCUCAUGAGGUUCUGAACCCCAUGUACUGUUUGUUUGAGUAUGCUGGCAAGGACAACUACUGUCUUCAGAUCAACCCUGCCUCCUACAUCAACCCUGAUCACCUCAAGUACUUCAAGUUCAUAGGACGCUUCAUUGCCAUGGCCUUGUUCCAUGGCAAAUUCAUCGACACAGGUUUCUCCCUCCCCUUCUACAAGCGUAUUCUGAACAAACCUCUGGCUCUCAAAGACCUGGAGUCCAUAGAUCCAGAAUUUUACAACUCACUCAUCUGGAUCAAGGAUAAUAACAUAGAAGAGUGUGGUCUGGAGAUGUUCUUCUCAGUUGACAAGGAGAUCCUGGGGGAGGUCACCACCCACGAGCUGAAACCAGAUGGAGGGAACAUCCAAGUAACUGAGGAAAAUAAGGAAGAAUACAUCAGGUUGGUGGCAGAGUGGAGGCUGUCCAGAGGUGUGGAGGAGCAGACUCAAGCAUUCUUUGAGGGCUUCAAUGAAGUUUUGCCCCAACAAUACCUUCAAUACUUUGAUGCUAAGGAAUUAGAGGUGAUGCUGUGUGGAAUGCAGGAGAUAGACCUGGUGGACUGGCAGAGAAACACAAUCUACAGGCAUUAUGCCCGAAGUAGCAAACAGAUCCUCUGGUUCUGGCAGUUUGUGAAGGAGAUGGACAACGAGAAGAGGAUGAGACUGCUGCAAUUUGUCACAGGAACCUGUCGUCUUCCUGUGGGUGGCUUCGCUGACCUGAUGGGAAGCAAUGGCCCCCAAAAGUUCUGCAUUGAGAAAGUGGGCAAAGAGAACUGGCUUCCACGAAGCCACACAUGCUUUAAUCGACUGGACCUCCCUCCUUACAAGAGCUAUGAGCAGCUGAAGGAGAAGCUCAUGUUCGCUAUUGAAGAGACAGAAGGUUUUGGGCAGGAGUAAUGCAACAAGAGCAGGAGCUGCAGGAUGGGAUAGAGGAGUGUGGGCUUGGAGGAGCCAUAUCCAUUUCAGACAAGAGCACUUUUCAACAGAUUCUUCUUGCAGUCAGGAGCUGUUUAUGAACUGGUAGAUGGACGUAUAAAUCUUUAUUUUCUGUCACAUUAUCAUAUGCAGUAACAACUGUUUCUUUAAUUAACUGUUAAUUAGUCCCACAAGGGACCUGUGAAUCCUCCUCACCCUGUUUCACUUUUCACGUACAUGAUCAAUUUCACCCUAAGUCAGCUGAUCUCACUUGUCUGUUCUGAUCUCAGCCCACUAUCAGUCAAUGGAGGUAGAAGAGAUGCCUUUCUCACCCUGUCAUGUUAGCACUCGCUGUACGUUGCGCAAGUGCAGUUUCCACACGUACGCCUGUGAAUCUGUGCAGUAGUCACUUAAGAGCCGUCUUGUUGUGUCUAUGCACUAGGAUUAAUAAUUUCAGAGGAAAGAACCAUAUGUGUGCAUUUUGACUUAAAAUAAAAAGGUUCAUUUCUAAAAGCAACAUCAAAGGCACAUAUAUGGCUUUUGGUCUUUCAGACUCAACUUUUAUUUUUCUUUUGUUAAAAGGAUGGAUGAGUGGAUGGAUGAUUUUUUUUUAACAGCUGACUGACUGGACUGACUCCCGUAGCACAUACAGUUUCUUGUUAACACCUUAUUUGGAUAGUCCACCUACAGAUAGUUUAUAGAGUAUUUGUAACAUUUCAGUAGCUUAUUUGUUGAGAUUAAACUGUUUCAAAAAUAAAACCAUUUUCAUAUAUGUCACCACUGUGGUUAAUGUUUGGUUAGGUUUAGGUGCAAAGAACCCAUCUUGGUUAGGGUAUGUUCAUGAAUUGACAGAUAUUCUCUUGAUAUUGUGUUAAACAUUUACAGACAAAGCGAAACAGUUGAAAUAUUACAAAUACUCUAUAAACUGAAAUCUGUAGGUGGACUAUCCGAAUACAGUGUUACCAGUUUCUUUAAUAACUUUGAUAAGUAUGAUCAUGCUGAUUGAAAUGAUCAUUUAUCUGAUUUUGACAGGUUGAUUUCUUAUCCUUAUAAUGAGUUGAAACUUUGAACUAGUUUGCACAUACUUAUGUGAGCAGUAAGACGGUUAUGAUUGUUCUUAAGAGAGGUUGUAUUUUUAUGUGCAGUAGUUUUGUAGACAACAUUUUUGCCAAUAAUAGAGCCAAACAGUGAUUUGUUUGAUCAUUUUGUAACACUUUGGUAAGUUUCAGCAUUUACUAUUCAUUUAAAUUCUCAAUAUGAAGUAGAAGUAGAAACUGGUUUGGUUGUGAUUUGAUUUGACAAACUUUGCCUUCCCAAAAUGGUCUGUGCUGUAAAUAAUAUUAAUAAUAUCAGCCAAUUUGACCAGGUCACUUCCUUUACCAGUCAGGGAGACUGAAAAGUCUUUUCUUGAGAAUUAUGAGCUGUUACUAAUGAAGUGGGAGCAUUAGGAUGUAUUGUGUAAUAAAGAACAAUGAUUUGUUGAAUAGCGACCUAUUCCCACUGAAUGGUAGCCAAUUCUCUGGUAGAUAUCCAGAAUUAAGUAUUAUCCUAGAUCAAUAAUGAAGAUACAGAAUCCUAGCUGUUUAAUGUGUUAAGUGACUAAUGCAGUUUAUGUAAAUAUACUCACAAAGUAGAAAAUGUAUUUAAUAUCUUAAUACAUUUAGUUCACCCAAGCGGUGGACCCCUUUGAGUUGCAGUGAUAAGUUGAUAAUUAAGAUUAAUGUCAUAGAAAGUGGCCCUAGUUUUAUAGGGUGUUAGGUAUUCAGAUUUGUACAGUAGUAGUGUAUUUCAUGUCUUUUCCAAAAAUAUCUCAGCUAACGUCAAACUUAAAGUUUCUUUUUAGUAUUAGGUAGAAUCUCACUUUAAGAAAAUGACUAUGGAACCAAUUUACCAAAGGAUUAUAUUUAAUUAUUUUUGUAAACCAUUUGACUUAAAAGGCUAAGUCACCAAGUGUAAUCAGAUCUUAACAUCCCUUAAAUGAUUACACAUUUCACAUCAGUUGUCACUAUUAAGUUGUUAGUUGUCCGUUAUUAUGUAAAUGUGAACAAAAAGGUAGCUCAACUACUUCAAUUUUAAAUACAGAAUUUGAACAAAAUUUCAAUCUGUAAAAUUAUAUUUUUUUAACGACAAGUAACUGUCCAAGCAUCAAGCUGUGUGUGUGUGUGUAUGUGUGUAUGUGUGUGGUAUAAAUGAUAUAUAAUUACAAAUUCAGUUUCAGCAAGUUCCCUUUAAUUUCACAGUAAAAUGUAAAAGGACGUAUCCGCAAAUUUUGUAUGAAUAGCUGUAUGUUGUUUCAUAAAUAUCAGUGCUGAUACUACAGGGGGAAAAAAAAUGCUGGUUGUUCUCAGUGACCUAAGCUCUCCCCCACUGACAUGACUGGUCUAUUGAUCCUCAGUCAGUACCAGUUACUGCUCACUUUAUACUUAAUUGUGUCAGAAGUUUAACAUUAUCUCACAGUUUCCCCCUUACUGGCAGUUAUUCAAUACACACACAUGCAAAACCCAGUGUGUAGCUACUGGUGUGCAGACUUGUGAAGAGAUUAUUGUUUAAAAAAAAAGAAAAAGAAAAACUUGAUUUAAAAAAAGGUUUUGUGAUUAAAAUGUUGACUGUUUUAACAGUAUACAAUUUAUAAUAUAGCACCUUGACACUCCAAACUGGUUGAAUUAACCACUUCACUGUUUAAUCACUGCUGUGUUCCAGAUCAUGGGGCAGUUCAAUGUAUAGAAAUAUGCAAAGUAGUGUUUUAGUUGUACUGAUUGCAUUGUAAAUCAUGUUGAUAGUGUAAUCACUGUUUUUUGAGGCUCUUAACUUUUUUGAUAAGUGGAAGUCAAUGGUUAAAUACUAUUUAUUUUGAGGAUGGGUUUCAUGUAACAAUGGACUGGAGAAAAAAAACAUUAAUAAAAUAAUUUAAACACUGGGCUCAGCAGGA